UGCUAUUUUUACGUUUAGCAGUAAUAGUGAAGGGAAAGCAAAAUAUCAAAGGGGCAAAGAGGACUUUUGACGCAACUCUCAGGCGAAGUUUAUCUCCCAAUUAGUCUCCGACAACCUAAGACGACGUGACGAUGAUUUAGCUGGAGCUCUCCUUCUUCCGGGUUAGGUAUCGAAACUUGUGGAAUUUCCGAUCUCAUCGGAAAAGAAAGUAAAAUGGCGUCACCGGACAUUGCUGAAAUGUUGGAAAAAUCGAAGGAGCUUGAUCGUUUAAGGAAAGAGCAAGAGGAAGUACUCCUUGAAAUCAAUAAGAUGCACAAAAAGCUUCAAAACACUCCAGAAGCCGUUGAGAAACCAGGUGACAAUUCCCUGUCAAAACUUAAGAUGUUAUACACUCAAGCCAAAGAGCUUUCCGAGAGUGAGAUGAGUAUCUCCAACCACUUGUUGGGCCAGCUGGAUGCAAUGAUUCCUGCUGGAGGUGCUGGCCAACAACGAAGAAGGAUAGAAGGCAACGAGCAGAAAAAGAAGAGGAUGAAAGGUGAUCCUGACAUUCCUAGGCUCUCUCCUUCCAUGCGAAAUCAGCAGGAGUUCUUUGCUAGCUUGAAGGGGGAACAAGUGGCUGCUAGAGUUGCGCAAGAAGAUGGUGAAAAGGAUGAGUGGGUUAUUGUCAAAGUUACUCAUUAUGACAAAGAAUCAAAGGAAUUUGAAGUUUUAGAUGAGGAGCCGGGCGAUGAUGAGGAAGGUGGUGGCCAGAGAAAGUACAAGCUACCCUGGUCACAUAUUAUACCUUUUCCCAAGAUGAGUGAUCUUGCAACCGCUCCAGAAUUCCCUCCUGGAAAACAAGUUUUGGCAGUUUACCCAGGAACCACAGCCCUGUACAAAGCCACAGUAGUCCAGGCCCGCAAGAGGAAGAGCGACGAUUACACAUUGGAGUUUGAUGACGAUGAGGAGGAUGGGUCUUUACCUCAACGCAUGGUGCCCUGUAACCAGGUUGUUGCUCUUCCAGAUGGACAUCGCCAGUGAAAUAUAGUUACUCUUUACACGUCCAGAGCUACUAAAUUUGGACAAUCUGCUGUAUGUAUCUAGUAGUCUUAUAAGGGUGAGCUGUGAACCUAUUCACAUUUAGUUUGUAGCAUUGCUAUUUAUCCAGAAAAAGAAAAUAUUAUCUUUGUCGUACAAUGUAUUUAUAAAAAAAAAUCUUUGCUGUACGAUUUGUCUAGUGUUCUUGGUGUACAGUAGUUGGACAUGAAAAUAAAUUCUAGUAUUUUGAGUUGUAAAUUUGUACUGUGUUUA